GGCAAGAAAGCCCCAGCAGGAUCAGAUACAGGGGUCUCCGAAAUUCAUCAAAUUCAUGUGGACCCUAUUUAACUCUUUUGGACAGAUUGCUCCAUUCAACAAUUUUGAACCCUGGACUGGUACUUCACUGGACUUUAUUUUGGACUGUACUGGACUCAAGUGGACCUUCUAGGGGAUACCACUGGACUGCAUUGGUUUCUAUAAGUUUUAUAUAAGAUCUGGUGGAAUCUGCUUCCAUUAGGCAGAAGUGCUGACAAUUUGCUGAUGAAUGUAGUUUGACCGCACUGUAGGGCUAUUUGUGUAAAAGGGCUUGGGCAAUCCAAGUUAAAUUAUGGUAAUCUGAUAUCAGUUUGGAAUUUAUCUGCCUCAUAUGAGUUUGAGUAAAAAGUCAAUAAGACCACAUUAUUUAUUUACUAUCAGGAUAGAACAAAUAUUUCAAGAAAUUUCAGUUUGUUAAAUUACUUAAAGUGAGUAAAUUUGGGUCAGGUUUGUUUGAAUAGGAGGUUCAAUUGAAUUGAAUUAGGUUAUUUAUUUUGACAGUAAGGUUGUGGUACUCAUUUGGAUGUUGGCCUAGUUUAAACCUCAUGUCUUGGUGGAGGAUGCAAAAGACCAUCAGAAGCAGCAGCCGCUACAGCAGCAUGAGUCUCCUGUGUGUCCUGUGGCUGCUGAUGGUCUGUCUGGCUCCUGGAAGCCGAGGCCAGAAGUUGAGGGAGUCAGAGGGGGAGCAGCCAGUAGCCGGGGCUCAGCUGGCGGAGAGAGACGCACUCUGCCACCAGGAGGGAUGUUACACUGUCUUUCUGCAAAAGAGAACCUUCAGGGAGGCUGGGCGGAGCUGCCGGGAGCGAGGUGGAACCCUGGCAACGAUGCACACCAACGAGGCAGCGGGUGUGGUCCAUGAGCUGCUGUCAGCCGUCGAGGCACAGGGGACCAGGUCAAGGCUUCGUCUCUGGAUCGGGCUGCACAGACCGCCACGCCAGUGUUCAUCCAACCGACCACUCCGAGGAUUCGUCUGGGUCACAGGAGACCAGGAUGGCCUGUUCACUAACUGGCUCCGUGAAGACACCCCUGGGACUUGUGCGGCCCCUCGCUGUGUGGCCAUGACUGUCCACACUUCUGAGAGUGGACGCGAGAGCAGUGACAACUUCCAGUGGCUAGACGGCUCCUGCGCACUGCCGUUGGAUGGAUACGUUUGCCAGUACAACUACAAAGGAAUGUGUCCACCACUGGAGGACGAGGGUAGAGGUCCAGCUGUUUACACCACCCCAUUUCACCUUGUUAGUACCCUGCUGACUCAUGUGCCCUAUGGGUCUGUAGCUGCUCUACCAUGCCCUGCAGACAGCUCACAACCAGAUGCUCAUGCUGAGCAGACGGUAUUGUGCAUGGAGAGAGAUGAUGAAACAGUGGGCUGGUCCAGGGAUGCCCCACUCUGCUCGUCCAGUGCAGCUCCACAGAAUCAGGACUGGUGCAGCGGGGACCAUGGAUGUGAGCAGUACUGUCAGAACACAGACACAGACUACUACUGUUACUGCUCUGAGGGCUUUACGGUAGAUGAGGACGGGUACAGCUGCAAGCCUGAUCCCCUGAGCCAAACUGACCCCCCAGAAUUAUCCUCUGACUCCACCGGUCCCACUGACCAGCCCCACAUCAAAGACAUCUGUGUGGAGAUGGGGUGUGAGUACAACUGUGUGGAGACACCUCGGGGCAUCCGCUGCACAUGCCCUCCAGGCUACCAAAUGGGUCCAGAUGGCCGCAGAUGUUCUGAUGUAGACGAAUGUCAACAGCAACCAUGCCCGCAACUCUGUGUCAACAUCCCGGGCACAUUCCACUGCACCUGUGACCCCGGGUAUCAGCCAGAUGACGAGGGUGAGUGUGUGGACACUGAUGAGUGCCUCGAUGAGGGCAGCUGUGAAGGCAUUUGUGAAAACACAGUGGGGUCCUUCAAGUGCCUGUGUAACACCGGGUAUGAAUUGGGCAUUGGAGGAGAGUGUAUAGAUGUAGAUGAGUGUGUUGGGGACUCACCCUGCCAGCAGCAGUGUCUCAACUACAUGGGAGGGUACCAGUGUUACUGUGAUAAUGGUUAUGACCUGCAGUCAGACGGACUUACCUGCCAACCUUCGAUUGAUGAUGAAGAAUAUUCCACCCUGACCCCUGAACCCAGUGACUCUGCUCACAUUCCCGAUUUGGACCCUGACCAUGAUAAUCCCUGGUCCACCUCGUUCACACCAGACCCGAACUUUGAAGCUGAGACUAACUUUGAUGCUGACUGGCAGACAGAAGCCCCUGAAGGACUCUCUCCUGACAUGGCUCAUGGGUCAGAUAAUCACCUCAACCAAUGGGAUGCCCUCUCACCAAAACAAUAUCAGACUGCCCCAUCCCCAACGCAAACAUACAACACAGGCAAUGAAAUUAAUAACGAGGGUGAAGCUAAGACGGGAGGUCGAGAAGCUAGUGUUGGGGUGGGCGCUGCAAGUGAGUCUGCCACCGGUACUAGGGAGGGGGAGGGAUCUAAGAGGGAUAGUGCCGAGGAUGUCAGCGGCACAGCAGAGGAAGGGGCUGGAUCUGAUGCGGGUAAAAGGAAGCAUGAAAAGAGCUGGCUAUUGGUGGCCCUGCUGGUGCCUCUGUGUGUGUUCCUCGUGGUGAUGCUGGCUCUGGGGAUUGUCUACUGCACCAGCUGUGCUGUGGACAAGAGCCUGAGCUUCUCAGACUGCUAUCGCUGGAUACUCCCUACAACGCCUCCUGACAGGAGGGAUGGCAAAACCCAAGCAUGAACCCUAAAAUAAACAAACACAGGCACGCGCGCGCACACACACACACACACACACACAGAUGUGUUGAACGCCUAGAUGUCUGUUAACAUUUCUCUUGUGGUGCAGGACUGGUCACUCAAACUAUACCAUUUGGAUAUAGCAAAGCUGACUGGCUCUCCCAUUCAUCAAGGUAAACUUAAUACUUUCUGUUGCACACCCUUUGUAAAUAAUUCACUUUCUCAUCAUGUUUUUAGAAUUCAAUAAAACAAAUAAACUGA